AUGAAGCAAAAAUCUUUUAAGAGUUUAAAUAAAUCUAUUCAAGACGAGCAGAGUCAAGUCAUUUCAUAGCGUGAUUCAAGCUUGAAUAAGAUUUAAAGAAGCGAAAAUAAAUCGUUUAAUCGCAGAGGGAGAGUAUGUCUCCCUUAUAAGAAGGAGAAUAAUGAUGAUAACAAAAUAAAUGCUGAUGGAGUAUUACAAAAUUUAAGAAGUAAUAGUUAACCUAAUAAUCAAAUGAAAUCAACUUUGCAAACAUUAAAAGAUUCACAAGAAUUAAUUUUGAAUGAAGAAGCAGAUAAUGCUUGUGCAGGUGUUGUUGGAUAGCAGCAAAUUGUAGAUCAAGAUUUACAAUUUUUAGCAGCUAAGCCUGCAUUUUAAAGCAGCUUUGGGUCAUCAGUAAUAGAUUCUUAUAAUAAUAUUAGACCUUAAAGCAUUGUAUAAAAUGCUUAAAUCCUUGAAUAAGAUCGCAGUUUUUAUAAUAAGAAACAAACAUUAUAAAAUGGUAGUCAAGUCUAAGAAAAUCUUAGAUACAGUAGUGUUGGAUAAACGAGUUAAAUAAAAUCACCUAGAGGAUUUAUUGGUUUCUUUUAAUAAAAGCCUUUAGGCACUUAAGUACGUUCUUAUACAACUAAUAUUUCUACUAGUAAUACUAUUGUGCCAUAACCAACGCCUUAAAUAUCUUCAUUGAAUUUGAAAAGCAAAAAGCUCCGCCCACAAAAGGUAGUGGGAAAGAAAUUGCAAAGCAAAUAAAAUAAGUAAACAAUUGAAGAUAAAUAAAGCGAUGAAGAUAUUGACGACUUUAAUGAGGGAACAAACAAGGAUAUUAUUCAAUGCUUAACUUAGAACUAGAUCCAUUAGCUACUUACAGCUUAAAUUGAAAAUAAUUAAUCAGAUGUGAUGGAUAACAACCAUCAAACGGUAGAACACAGUUAAAAAUUAUCCUCAAAACAACAUCGUCCUCCUUCACUUCAUAACUAAAAAUCUACAUCACCUCAAAACAAUCAAAAUUUUAAUGGCAGUCUAAGCGCUUUUGAGUAGUAAAAAACUCUUCAAACAGAAAAUGAUGAUAUUGAUACUCCUUGCCAAAACUAAUCAUAGAUUUUUGCGCUUGACAGUUGUAAAUAUGAUUCCUCAAAUGGGAUGGUUAGCUCUGGUCUUAGCCAAAACUAUUCAAAUUAUAAUGGUGUCAUCUACUUAUCUAAGGAAAAAGCAAAUAUUUCAAAAGAAUAUUUAGAAGGUCUUCAAGAAGUCAUCGAAGACGAUUUAUCAACGUAAAAUUAGAUAGAAUAGGACUGCUUAAAACUGCAACAAUAAAAAAAAGGCUACAAUCAAGUUAGUACAAUUGAGCAACUCAUGAGUAACAACAAUAACAAUAACAUAAUUAAAAACAAUUAUAUGGAAGAGAAAUUAUCUUCAGUUAAAUAGUCUCCAAAAAAAAUAAGAGAUGAUUAUAACAGCUUUGAUCAAAUGAGUGUUGCUAAAGAUUUUGGUUUUUAAAAUAUAAAAAUGGAAUAAGAUAAUGAAAAUAAGAUGGAAUUAAAUAAUAGAUAACAAACUCAAACUCUACUUGUGCAGUAAGAAAGUUCAAAUACAAAUCAAACUGAAUAAAACUAAGCUUCUUAAAAUUAAGAAAAUAAUGAAAUAAAUGUUCAUGAAAUUAACCAGAAUGAGCUGUGUGCUGAACAACAACAAGAUCUUGUUACAGAACCAGACAGAUAAAAUUCUCCUAAAUAAUCCCAUCAGGCUUAAAACUCCAAUUCAAAUAAAUUGCAAAUUAAUUAAAAAACAAAUAUCUCAAUUCAAAAUCUAAACAACGACAGCAAUAUUUAUGGCUCAGAAUCAACAAAUGAUCCUAAUUCAGUCAAAAAGCGCCAUCUCACAUCCUCGCAACUCUCAUAAAAGCACUUUGCCAAAUAUUCUAAAAGCAGUUAGGACAAUAUGAAAGGCCAACAAAAUAGCCUCGACAGUAAUAAUAAUUCGCAAGAAACUGUUAAGCUAUAAUCAAAUUCAAAAACUUUGGUUGAUUUUUCAAAUUACAAUUAAAGAAUAAUCAAUAAGGAAGAUGAUGAAGAGCCAGAGCUCAUCGAAUAUCAAAAACCUAUUCUAAAUUUCCCUCUAACUCUUUCUAACAUCAACUAAAAUCCAUAGGAUUUGGUAAUAAUUAACAAUAAUUAAAAGAAGAGUUAAUAAUUACAAAUUAUCUCAGAUUAAUACUAACUUUGUGAUUAAUUAAAUCAAUAUGAAAACAUAAAGCAAAUGAAAUCGCAAUAAGAUUAAACUCAGCGCGAUUCAUGUGAUAAAUUUCAAUCAUAUCGAGAUGCUUAGCUAGAGUCUAAGAUUCUUUAGCAGACAGAAGAAAAAAAAGUGAGAAAAGCUUCCUUAAAUCAAGGAAAGUUUGUUUAACACAAAAAAACUAAUUCAAAUAUUCGCUUUAGUAGCACUAUUGCCACCAAUAAUAUCAAUAACAACAACAACAAUAAUAAUCUAACUAACUCUCCAAAUUUUUUGGAAUAGUCCUCAUUUUUUGGGGAUGAUACACUAAAAUCAGCUACAGCCUAGAAUAUUUUCAAUACCAAGCAUAAAGCAAGCAGGUAAUUUUUCAACUACGAUGACUAUUAAGAGGCUUACAAAAAUUAAGGAUAGAUCUAAUCCAUUUAGCUCAAUAAAAAUAACUCCGGGUAAGAAAAUGCAAAUUACAUUACAAAUGUGAGCAAUGCAGAAAAAGAAAACGUAAGAUAAUACGAAAAUAAUUAAAAUACUAAUUUUCAGAAACAAAGCACUCACUUAAAAAUGAAUAUUGCAAAGGAGCCAACUUUAAAUGUUUAAUAAAGUCACCCAACUUCUAACUCACCUAUUAACAAUACUUAUUUUGCUGAAAGCAAUUAGAAAGUUAAUGCAAAAAAUGAAGCAAAGCAAGCCAAUUAGCUUUAAUCUGAUUAGAUCAAAAUAAAUAUAAUCAACAACGAUAACAACAACAUAGAAAAUAGAAGCAACAUCCAAGAAACAGGUUUAAAAAAUAGACUUAUAAAAAAUGGAGACAACUCACCAUCAAUAAACAAUAAUCACACUGAUUAUUUAAGUUUUUGGCUAAUCUUUAAGAAAAAAGCUGAUGCUCAAAGGUCUUUUACUUGCAAACAAUUUUGCCAAAUGAUAUGGCCUCAAACAUUAGAUAGAAAGUAAAGGAGAGAUAAAGAAUUGGUUCUUUAGCUCUAUGAAACUGAAUUCAGUAAUGAAAACUCUCAGCACAUAAACAUCUUUGAAGCUUUGAGCCAGUACUACUAUAGAUUCACUCAUGGUGCUUUCUAUAACUAAAUGGAAGACAAAGAAAAUCAAUCCAGAAAAAUAAUAAGAGCAAACACCUAGUACAAUAUGAGCCAGCAAAAAAACAUCGAUGAAGUCAGAAAACCCUCAUCUCUAAUGGAUCUAUUCUAAAAUCACAACUCUAGCUUUGAAAUAACUUUGUUUUCUCUCAUACACAUUUUGGCCUUUUUAAAUAACUACAAAGAUUUUCUUGAUUAAACCAAUCGAAAGGUGCUCAAAAAAUUUUAGCUUAUUUACUUGCUUAUAAAAAUUUCAAAUAUAAUUCUUUAGAAAUUUAAACAAAACACAUUUGACAAAAGUAUCUAAAUUCUCAACAAAAAUGUCUUAGACUUUCUCAACGAUAUAUUUUAUUUGAUAUUUUUAGACUCUAUCCAGUAUAUAAUUGGCUAAGAGAAACUAGAAACCCACUAAAUUAAUGUAAAGUUAUAUGAUAAAGUAGAGUAAAUAUAAUUAUAAUUAACUACCACUGAAGAUAUUAUCUAAUUCUUUUAAAGAAAUCAAACCAUAUAUUAAAAAACUUAACAAACUGUUUGA